AUCGGGGGCAGAGGGCAGGGAGAUGCAGCGCGAGGACUGCGGAGAGUGUGAGUGGACGGAGCAGGGAAGAGAGAAGGCGAGGAGAGAGGGGAGCGCGCGCGGCUCGGGAUUAACGACCCCCACAGUGUCCUAAUGGAGGAGUACUGCACGGCGCUGCCCGCGCGCUGACUCCGCUCGCUUCGGGAGCGCUGGGGAAGAGAAGGUGGCACUGAGUGCAGACGGGUGUGUGUUCAGUGUUAGUGUGGGGAACGGGAAGCCGACGGUUUCGGUGUGUGACGUUCACGCGCGCGCGUUUGGAGACCACCGACCAUGGACACACCGGCACAGGGCGCAGCGCGCCGGACACGGACUCGCUUACCGAGCAAAAUAGGCACUUUUUACGCGAUCGCUAUCAUGUGCACGAAAGUGCUGUGUGUGCAGGCCUCGUCUCUGCACUUCUCCAAAGAGCCCAAGUCUCAGGAUGCUUCACACGGCCGCAGUGCGAUGCUGCGCUGUGAGGUCAGUGAGGCCGCGGGGGUGAGUUACUCUUGGCUGCAGGACGGUCAGACCGUGCUGGACUCUGAGCGCCGCUUCCUGGAAGGCAGCAACCUCAAGUUUACUGCGGUGGACCGGCACCUGGACACGGGCAACUUCCAGUGUGUGGCCACCAACGUGGCCAGUGGAGAAGUAGCCACCUCUGCCAACGCCUCCUUCAACAUCAAAUGGCUGGAAAGUGGGCCGGUCACUCUGAAGGAACCCGCCUCCAUACAGGAGAUAGAUGGUGCUGAACAAAUCGUUUUACAGUGCCAGAUAGAUGGACACCCAAGGCCGAACAGUAAGUGGUAUAAAGAUGGAACGGCGCUGAGCGGUAAAGAGAAAACCUUAACUCUGAAGAAUCCAGUCCCUGGAGACUCGGGCACUUACAGCUGCUGCGCUCGCAACGGAGCACUUCAGAUCUGCAGCAACACCAACCUUACCCUCAGCAUUAUAGAUAAGACGAUUCCUCGGCUGGUUGUGGCUCCAGAGGAUCAGGUGGUGUUGAGAAAUGAAGAGGCUGUGUUCCACUGCCAAUUCUCGGCCAAACCUCCACCUGUCAUACAGUGGCUCCAUGAGGACGAACCUGUGAUUAACAAAACACGGGUGAUAGUGUAUAAUAACGGCACUCUGAGGAUUAUCCAGGUGAAGAAUCGGAGCACAGGCCGGUACAGGUGCGUGGCCCACUAUGGAGAAGAUAAGCAGGUGGAUGCAGGAGCCUCUCUGCACAUAGCGGAGAUAGGGGAAAUGGGAGGCAGGAUGUCCAAGUUUUUCUCUACAAACCUUUUGGAGAAGAUAACAUGUGAAGCCCCCCAGGGCCAUCCUGAGCCAGAGGUGUGGUGGGAGCGAGCAGGUCAGAGAGUGCCUUCUGAGGGCCGUGUCUACCACGAAGGUUUGAACCUCAUCUUCAGCCCCACUGAGGGUGGAGACUCCGGCACAUACAUCUGUGUGGCCCAAAACAAGGCGGGGAUGAGACGGCAGGAGGUCAACGUGAUAGUGACAGGUCCCCCAGAGUGGGCCACUAGGCCCCAUGACACCGCCAUGGAGGAGGGACAGCCUGGCUACCUGCACUGCCACGUCCAGUCCACACCCCCUGCCAAGGUCACAUGGUUCCGCAACGUUCAGGAGAUCAAUGAGGAGGACACACGGUUUAAGGUGUUUCCUAAUGGCACUUUGAGGAUAAACAGUGUGGAGGUGUAUGAUGGAGUGAUCUAUCGCUGCCAUUGCAGGGCUGUAGGAGGUCAACUUACUGCACAGGCCAGGGUCACUGUACUGGAGAAACUGAAGUUCACCCCGACUCCACAGCCGUCUCAGUGUCUGCAGCUGGACAGUGAGGCCAGUGUCCAGUGUUCUGCUACAGGCCGAGAGACGCCCACUAUACGCUGGACUAGAGCAGAUGGCAGUGCUGUAGGCUCUCAUGUGGAGCAGGUGAAUGGGGCUCUACACUUUCAGAAGGUGAUGAGGAGUGAUGCAGGGAAUUACACGUGUGUGGCCAGCAACAGCCUGCAGGGAGAAAUCCGAGCCUACAUCUCCCUCACUGUAGGAGUCUAUAUAGAGUUUAAACUGGAGCCAGAAUACACCACAGUGUACCAGGGACACACAGCCAUGCUGCACUGCCAGGCUACAGGAGACCCCCAGCCCUUCAUCCAGUGGAUGGUCAAAGACAAGGUUCUCUCUCUCAGCUCUGGCAGGUUCCAAAAGAUGCCUAAUGGUUCUCUGGUCAUCACUGAUGUCACUACUGAUGACACAGGAAAGUACACUUGUGUCGCUGGCAACAUCUGCAGCAUUAGAGAUCGAGUGGCACAACUCUAUGUUGUGGAGAAGCCAAAACACGUCAUUCCAGAUGACGAUGGGAAGACGCCAUAUAAAAUGAUCCAGACCAUCGGCCUGUCUGUGGGAGCUGCUGUUGCAUACAUCAUUGCUGUGCUGGGGUUCAUGUUCUACUGCAAGCAGAGACGCAAUGCCAAGAGACAGCAGAAGGGACAGGAUGGGGAGGAGCCGGAGAUGGAGUGCCUUAACGGGGACGCUGUGCAGCGGAAUGGGCGAACUACAGCUGAGAUCCAAGAGGAAGUUGCCCUUACUAAUCUGGGGACCAUGGCAACCACUGAAAAGCGACACAGCAACCCUGACAAGCUCCACUUUCCCAGAGCAGAUCUGCAGAACAUCACUACACUGGGUAAAGGAGAAUUUGGGGAGGUGUUCUUGGCUAAAGCUCGGGGGAUUGAGGAGGGGGAGGAGGAGACGGUGGUGCUGGUGAAGAGUCUGCAGAGCAGAGACGAGCUCUCGCAGACUGAGUUCAAACGUCAGGCUGAAAUGUUCAGUAAACUCAGUCACCCCAACAUCGUCCGCCUGCUGGGCCUGUGCAGAGACACGGACCCUCACUACAUCAUUCUGGAAUACGUAGACCUGGGUGAUCUCAAGCAGUUCUUGAGAAUAUCAAAAGGCAAAGAUGAGAAACUUAAACCACAGCCCAUCAGCACCAAAACAAAAAUAUCCAUCUGUGCUCAGGUGGCUGCGGGGAUGGAGCAUCUGUCCAACCAGCGCUUUGUCCAUAAAGACCUAGCAGCUCGAAACUGCCUGAUCAGCGGCCAGAGGCAGGUCAAAGUGUCUGCGCUCGGCCUGAGCAAGGACGUCUAUAACAGUGAGUAUUACCAUUACAGGCAGAAAUUGGUCCCGCUGCGCUGGCUCCCCGCUGAGUCUGUCGCUGAUGAUGACUUUUCUACCAAAUCUGAUGUGUGGGCUUUUGGAGUGCUGAUGUGGGAGGUGUUCAGCCACGGGGAGCUGCCCUACUCAACACUCAGCCAUGAGGAGGUUCUAGAAGGUCUUCAGGCUGGCACUCUGAAGCUUUCUGCUCCUGACGCCUGUUCUUCAAAAAUCUACAAACUGAUGAGCCGCUGCUGGGCUCCCAGCCCUAAGGAGAGGCCAUCAUUCAGCGAGCUGGUCCUGGCCCUGGGGGACAUUCCUCUGGACAGCAAGGUGUGAGGAGCACAUCUGCAACUCAUUCCACUCAAUAUGGUGGAGCCAAAUCUGUCCAUUUCUGCUCUGAUACAAUCACAGACUCACUCAGACUGGGUCCCACACAUUUCAGGGAGCAAGAGUGUGUGAGUGACAGACGGAGAAGUUGAUAUCAGGGCAAUUUGUCGGUAUUGGUUUGCGUCUGUAUGCGUGCGUGUGUGGGUGUGUGUGUGAGGACCCCAGAGAGUUUUAUUUGCCUUAACCGUGGCAUGAAAGGACACCCUGUUGCCCCUUCGAUGGCCUGUUUACGCUUAGAUCUUCGUUUUGCGUCUCUUCUACCCUGAGAUUCUUCCUCCUCUUCGUCUCUGGAGCCUCAGGCACUUCUAGGAGCUACCUCUACAAGGGGUACGACCUUUGACCUCAACUUUUCACCUCUGCCAGCGCAGGACAAUCCCAACACAUCAACGUCAGGGGUGGAAACCCACAAGCUGGCUUUAACCCAAAAGGCCAUUGACAAUGCUGGACUCAACAACAUGCUAAUAUUUGGCUCAAGGACUUGAAGUUGCUGUGCAUAUUUGUUAUGUUUUGGUUAUGUAUGUAAGUGUGUGUGUGUGUGUGUGUGUGUGUGUGUGUGUGUGUGUGUGUGUGUGUGUGUGCGCGUGUUUGCGUGUGCGUGUGUGUGUGUGUAUGUGCUCAUGCUUGAGUUUUGCAUUGGUAUAUACAUUACUGUGCAAAAGUCAGAAAACAUUUAUUUUAUUUUAUUUGUUUACUUUAUUCAGAGUCAAUAAGUGCAAGUUAUUCAUAAUUUAACAUCAGGAAAAGCAAAGCAGAUUUAUAUUUACAAUCAUACAGAAGCUCCAACCACUAAAUACAAUAUGACGUUUCAGUAUUUAGUAAAUCUGCUUUUAUUUUAUAUUCAAGUCAUGUCAAACAGUUUCAGUAAUAUUGAGGUCUGAACUUAGGUGUGCUCAGUCCACUAUUCUGUUUUUUUCUGUCUCAGUAUUAGAGCUUUUUAAAAAAAAAAUUCACACCAAGAUCUGAAAUUAGAGUGAAGCUUAAUAUUGUUCUCUCUACUACAACUGAGGAGUUAUAGCAUCAGUUUAUCUGAUGGGGACAGAGUUGGUAGUCCAGAAGAUCUUGCAUAUUUGUUAAGAGUCCUGUUUUAACAAUCGUAUUUCAAACUAACCUACACCUUUGCAACCAUUUGUAUUAUGGCAACACAUUUUUAAAUGCCUAGGAACUCCUCAGCAUCCCCUUGUUAACACCUUAGUAACCACUUUGCAACACCUGGACAACCAAUUUUAUCUUAUGUAUUAGUAGUGCUGCUGAGCUGCAGUCACACUUGCAGUUCAGGAAAUGCAUUUUCUAGUUUGUAUCUAAUUUCUGCCAAAUUGUCCAUCCAUCUUCAUCCUCUAUUUCUUACUUUGUGGUCAGGGUCAUGGUGGGUCUAGAGCCCAUUCUAAAUCUUUUGUUGCGAGGCAAGACAACCCCUAUAUUCAGAAAUGUCUCCCAAAAAAUUAAUAACUUGAAUCACCUAAACAUUGAGGCAGGGUGUGCACACUAAAUAUUAAAACAGUAUAUUUAGGUUAAGGCUUGAUUUCUGAUAAAUAUGUAUUCUUUUUUGUCUUGAGGUAUUAAAGUGACUCUUUAACGGACAUUUUGCCUGGAAAUUAAGUAAAGGAAGGAUGGUCUCUGACUUGUGCACAGUUCUGUAAAUCCAAUAGAGGUGUGUUAUGAAGGGUGAUGGCCUGUUACUUAGCUGUAAGCUCUGGACUCUCCGUCAGUGUCAGGUUAGCGAUUGAAAGAACAAAAAACAAAUUGAAAAAAGCCAGUGAAUACAUACUGAAUGUGGUUUGUGUGUUUGUUGCUGAAAGGAGAAUGAGAGGUUUUCUGAUUGUACUUAAUGAAUAUUUUUAAUAUUUACCUGUUUCUUUUUACCUUGAGGUGCUCAUAUGGGACAAUAAUAUUCCAAUGGAGAGAACUUGCAAUACAUCUUAUUGCCUAAACUCCUUAAGCCAUGAUAAACAAUGUAUUCGAGAUUUCUGCAUAGCGGCGUUUUAUAACCACAUCACUGUAAUUACAGUACUUGCUUGGCAAAGUCCUAGUUACACUCAUUAAUACAGAGACCGUGCACUAAUUUCACUUAAAAUGUCAUUUUAUAUAACGGCUUAUUAUUUUAAUGUAGAAGGUCGUACGAGAGCCUUCACUGGCGAUGAAGGUUCUGUCUUUUUUUAUACGUGUUUUUUUAAGGAAGGUACUCUGUGAUCCUUUUAUACAGAUGUAUGUAUUCAACCCAUUGUAACAUCUCAUUUUGCAGUUUGGGAAGUGUUGUAGGCUGUUGGACAUUUCAGUGGUCGCUACCAACUGUAAAGACCACAAGUGCCUAGGACAUGAAGGAAUAUUUACUGUUGUUUAUUUUACAUUUUAUUCGCAGUACAGUUGCCUUUUUGUUUUGUUUUAAUGAACGGUUUUAUAUGUAAUCUUUUCUUAUUAUGUUUAUUUUUUGUUUAUUUCUGUGAACAAAUACAUAGUCCAUGCCUUUUCAAGUACGUACAUGCUAGGCACUCACACCUAGAUUGCUUUUUUUGUUAUUAUAUUUAGCAAAGGUCACAAUAAACACAAUGUAUGCUGCUCUUAUUAAACGUUCACGUUUGUAAUGGCUGGCUUAA